AUGGAGCAGGUCGAAGCCAGGCCGUCAUUCAGAACUCAAGUUUGGUCACAUCAGCACUCGACUCGCAACAACAGCGUGACAGACGAACAGCAGCAACCACUUCUGCCUGGCAUCUACGCGCAACAAUCUGCAAAUAGCACCAUGGUCUUCGUGCCGUGGGAACGAUACGGCAUUUGCAAGCGGCACGCGCUUCCUCGGACAAAGUGCAAGAACAGCAACUGUCCUCUGCGACACCCCUCGGAGGAAGAGCUAAGAUGGCUGUGGGACGCACACGACGAGAGCAAAAGCUUAUGGAGGGAGACCGAGCAUUCGGGAAGAGAUCGAUGGCCGGGGAGAGUUAAUGAAGGUGCAGUGCCAAUCGAUGGCAGUGACACGGAAUCUCGCGAGGCUUUCCUGCCACCCGACCCAAGGGAGCUGUCUGCGGCGCGUGAGGACUAUCGCUUCCGGGCACCAGGGGAAGGCAUGCGCAGCGCCGUGCACACGACAGAGUACCCCUCCUCUUCAUCGUCACCGUUUGAAACUGUGCCGCGCGGGCUCGACAGCUAUCGCCCAAGGGCACCAGUUAAGGAAGUAGACCAGCACUUCGACCCAGCGCAAUCCUCGAACGAGUUCAUCAAUGGAGCCAUGACCUACCGCUUCGCAUGGGGUAAGCCGCUGUGCGUUCGCUGUGGGGCCGAAGGACACCUGCCGGUGAACUGCUCUGGCACAGCACUGUCGGCGGCGGAGCAAUCUUUCUUAUACCAGCUCAUGAGAGCAGAGCAGGAUCGUAGCAAGAGAGAAGAUCCGAAGCCAGAUGCACUGAAGACGAGAUUGGAUCCAUUGGAACGCGAGGCUUCGACCGAGCUGCAGGAACUGCGCCCACGAGAAAUGCUUGCCCCACAAGUGACAGGCCGUCCAGAACGUCCAUGCUCGCCUGUAUUGCAGGAGGCUAGUCGUCCAACGUAUUGGCAGCGCUACCGGGAGCGCAAGGAGCAGAACGCGCUUCUACAGAGCACGCGUGAGCGUGGUGAACGUCAACAGCAUUUGGACGAUUUCAUGGACGGCAACUGGGAUGAGUUGCCACUCUCCUUUGCUCCUCGAAAGCCUGGCAAGGUCGAUGUAGCGCGUCGUGAGGAGAUGGAGCGAAGCGUGAAAGUGAAAGUGGAGGCAGACGCCGCGGCCUUGGCUCCGGGGUUCGCGUCGAACUUCAUUCAUCCGGCUCGCGCAGCGUUACUGAGCAGGCCGUCUCCAUCUGCGGCAGCCUGGCCAUCGACGACGGCAUCCGUGCCAAGGGGCACUGCGAAUACGGCCAUCAUGGGAGCGACCAAGCGCAUGUCAAACGGUGAAGCCAAAAUCGUCGGCCCUCAUCCUUCCACGAUUCGCGUGUCGGCUUCGUACAUAACCCAAGCAGCCAUCGACAAGCGACUGGCUUCCGAGGGUCUGGAUGCACAGGAGAGGAGUCUGGCAGAGGCGCGCGAGGAUACUGUUCGACUGCAGGGUGUCGCAUGGCUGGAUAAUGUCCGCCGUGCGCUUCAGCUCCCGGUCAAGACCUUCACCACGGCUGUGGUAUACUACCACAAGUUUCGUCUGGCUCAUCCGAAGGAGGAUUAUCAGUGGGUCGAUGCAGCGGCUGCGAGUCUGCUCACAAGCUGCAAGAAUGAAGACACCCUCAAGAAGAGCAGAGAUAUCCUGGCGGCUGCGUACAACAUGAAGCAGCCCAACGCCCACGAGCAGGUCGGCGCAGACGACCCGAUGUUCGAGGCGCAGAGCAGAAUGGUCAUCGGCAUGGAACGUCUGAUAUUGGAGAGCGGAGGUUUCGACUUUAGGAGCAGGGCACCACACCACACGCUUGUCAAGAUUGGGAAGAGUCUGCCGCAAAGUCCAGACUUGAGGGAGGUUUCGCAACUGGCGUGGACAGUUCUGACAGAUCUGCAUCGCACUUUUGCACCAUUGAAGCAGACGAGUUCUACUUUGGCACUGGCAAGUCUCGAGCUGGCUGCGCAUUUCACUGCUGCCAAGUCGGAAGACCAUACAUGCCUUGUGCGCGACUCCUUGCAAAAUCUCGACCUGCGAAAAUGGCACACAACCCGCGAAGAAGUCAUGGAGACCUUGCUCGACGGUCUGGAUCUGUACACUCACAACACAACGUCGACCGUACUUGGCACAAAGUACUCUCUCGAUGAUCUGCUGCGCAUACGUCUCGCGCUGAACAAGGAGUGCUCCGAUUCGAGCUUGCCGCGAUACACCGUGAUACAGCCUCCACCCUCCCCGGAUAAUACGAAUGGCACGAGCAAUACUCUGCGUGUAGCCAACGGUCACCCCACGCCAGUGUCGCCACCUCAGCCAGGCGUCCAGGCACCUCAACCAGUCAACGCAUAUACCGCCACAGCUCAGCACACACCGCAAACGGACGGCACAUUGCGAUUCAUGCUAAAUCCGCAACGCGCGACCGAAGAGCGUACUGAGGUGAAUCGAUACUACACCGAAGAAUGGGAAGAGUACGAAGAGGAGAUAGAAGUACCGCUGCCGUACGACCGCUCUCGGGAUAGAGAUCGAGAUCGCGAUGGUGACUUCUUUGCACGACGUGAUCGUGACAGGGACAGGGAUGGCAUGCGACCACGUGACUUCGACACGCGGCGAGUUAUGGACGACCGAAAUGGUUUCGACAGGAGAGGCGCGCGCGACAGUCCUCGAACAGCUGCCCCGGCCAGAGAAGCGCGGCCACCGAGGCAGAACACAGCCAACAUGCUUCAGAGUGUCGUUCGCGCGCCCUCUCCGGCCCCGGAGAUACUGGCCGAGAAGAGUGAAGACAAGGACAAUCAGAGGGAUGCGGAGCGACCUAGAGCCAGGAGUCGUGAUAGGGACAGGUCGUACGAUGAUAGGCGGCACAACGACAGAGACCGAUAUGAUUCGAGGCGAGAUCGUGAUGGCAGAGACGCUGGCGGCAGCAGAAGAUAUUACGACGAUGAUCGGAGACGUGAUCGUCGAUAGGAGAACGAGCAGUAAGUUGCAAUCUCAGCAUCAGGCUGCAUGGCGCGAUUGACCAUGUCGCCGAGUAGGCAUUGGCCUGUGCAUUGACUACCAAUGCUGCAUCGGCAACAGGUGGCUAUAGAAACUCCAGACUUCAGAGCCCUGUCCCGACCGAUGACCUUUACGCAGCUCGCUUGGCUGCCCAGAAUCUGUAACAGCGCAGCAGGUGGCCAAACCCUGUGCUUCAUGAUGCGACAGCACCAUAGCCUUAGGAUAGCAGCACCUUCACCCAACAAUGGGGCAAAUCAAAGAACUCUCCAAGAACAG